UCUCUCUCUUCAACCUUUCGAAGAAGAAAACAAACACAGCAAAGAACUAAGCUUUCUCAAUCAAUGGCUCGUACUAAGCAGACUGCUCGCAAGUCGACCGGAGGCAAGGCCCCAAGGAAGCAGCUGGCAACUAAGGCGGCAAGGAAGUCGGCUCCAGCGACAGGAGGUGUGAAGAAGCCUCAUCGGUUCAGGCCAGGAACUGUUGCUCUGAGAGAGAUCAGAAAGUACCAGAAGAGCACUGAGCUUCUCAUCAGGAAGUUGCCUUUCCAGAGGCUUGUCAGGGAAAUCGCUCAAGAUUUCAAGACUGAUCUUCGUUUCCAGAGCAGCGCCGUCUCCGCUCUUCAAGAGGCUGCCGAGGCUUACUUGGUGGGUGUGUUUGAGGACACUAACCUUUGCGCCAUUCAUGCCAAGAGAGUCACUAUCAUGCCUAAAGAUAUCCAGCUAGCUCGAAGAAUCAGGGGAGAGAGGGCUUAAGAAAUGUAAACCUUUCUUUAUUUAAUUAGGAUCUUUAACAAAUACUUAAAAUCAUAGGCUUUGUGGAAAGUAAUCCAAGUAAUAUAUGUUGAAAACGAGUUUAUAGUGAUACAUCAAGUUAGUAAAAUGAGUCGAGUUCAUUGUGAGAGGUUUCUCUCUAAAUCUAUCUUGUGUUUCUUCAACAAAUCUAUAGAAUCAUGGUACGCACUGAUCAAGGUUUAUGUUGAAA